CCUCUCCUGCCCCCCACACGCCCGGGCGGGUCCGGCCGCUCCUCGGGCGGCGCGGCGGGGCUUCCCCUCUCUCCCGGCCGGCCCCCUGCCUCCCGCUCCGGGCAGCAUGGUGGACCUGGACAGCGAGGUGCCGCCGCUGCCGCCGCGGUACCGCUUUCGGGACUUGCUGCUGGGCGACCAGGGCUGGCAGAGCGACGACAGGGUGCAAGUUGAAUUCUAUAUGAAUGAAAACACAUUUAAAGAGAGACUAAAGCUCUUCUUCAUCAAAAACCAAAGAUCAAGUCUGAGAAUACGAUUAUUCAACUUCUCUCUCAAGCUCCUAAGCUGUUUCCUAUACAUAGUUCGUGUGCUCCUGGAUGAUCCUACACAAGGACUUGGAUGUAAGGAAUUAAACCGGAGUUGUUCCCAUCAAAACUACACGCCUGGAACAAUUGAUUGGUCUCCCAUUAUUUGGGUGAAUCGAAGUUUACCUUUAUGGGGAUUACAGGUGUCUGUGGCUGUAAUAAGUCUCUUUGAAACUCUGUUGCUAAGUUAUCUAAGCUACAAGGGAAAUAUCUGGGAGCAAAUUCUGAGAAUACCCUUUCUCCUGGAAAUAAUUAAUGCUGUCCCUUUCAUCAUCACGAUUUUCUGGCCAGUCCUAAGAAACCUGUUUAUUCCUGUAUUUUUAAAUUGCUGGCUGGCAAAGCAUGCUUUAGAAAAUAUGAUUAAUGAUCUUCACCGAGCCAUCCAACGCACACAGUCUGCAAUGUUUAACCAAGUCCUCAUUUUAAUAUCUACCUUAUUAUGUCUCAUCUUCACUUGUAUUUGUGGAAUUCAGCAUCUGGAACGAGCAGGAAACAGGUUGACUCUCUUUGACUCCCUUUAUUUCUGCAUAGUGACAUUUUCUACUGUGGGCUUUGGGGAUGUUACACCCAAGAUAUGGCCUUCAAAGCUGCUUGUUGUCAUUAUGAUCUGUGUUGCUCUUGUGGUGUUGCCCAUACAGUUUGAACAGCUGGCAUAUUUGUGGAUGGAGAGGCAAAAGUCUGGAGGAAACUACAGCAGAUACAGAGCUCAGACAGAAAAACACGUUGUGCUGUGUGUGAGCUCUCUGAAGAUUGACUUACUCAUGGAUUUCUUAAAUGAAUUCUAUGCCCACCCCAGACUGCAGGACUAUUAUGUGGUCAUUUUGUGUCCUACGGAGAUGGAUGCUCAGGUCCGAAGGGUGUUACAAAUCCCAAUGUGGUCCCAAAGAGUUAUCUACCUGCAAGGCUCAGCCCUAAAAGAUCAAGACCUAUUGAGAGCUAAGAUGGACAAUGCUGAAGCCUGUUUCAUCCUGAGCAGCCGCUGUGAGGUGGACAGGACAGCAGCUGAUCACCAAACCAUUUUAAGAGCAUGGGCAGUUAAAGACUUUGCUCCAAAUUGUCCUUUGUAUGUUCAGAUACUGAAGCCUGAGAAUAAAUUCCACAUCAAGUUUGCAGAUCAUGUUGUAUGUGAAGAGGAAUUCAAAUAUGCUAUGCUAGCUCUAAAUUGUAUAUGUCCAGCUACUUCUACAUUAAUCACUCUGCUGGUUCAUACAUCUAGGGGACAUACAGCCCCAUGGGAAGCUUUCAGACAACUCACUGGAACCAAGCAGACAUUAAACAGGGAGAGUCAGCAAUCACCAGAACAAUGGCAGAAAAUGUAUGGCAGAUGCUCUGGUAACGAAGUGUAUCACAUCAACCUGGAAGAAAGUACAUUUUUUGCAGAGUAUGAGGGGAAGAGCUUCACAUAUGCUUCUUUCCAUGCACAUAAAAAGUUUGGAGUCUGUCUGAUUGGUGUUAGAAAGGAAGAUAACAAAAACAUUUUGCUGAAUCCAGGUCCUCGAUAUAUCAUGAGUUCUACUGAUAUAUGCUUUUAUAUAAAUAUCACCAAAGAAGAGAAUUCUGCUUUUAAGAAGCAAGAAAAGCAUAGGAAAAACCAUGAAUCAAAAUUAUCUUAUCAUGGAGCUUCUAGGUUACCAGUACACAGUAUAAUAGCCAGCAUGGGGACCGUGGCCAUCGAUUUACAGGACACCGGGUGCCGCGGGGCCAGCGGUGCCACCCUGGCCCUGCCCGCCGAGGGGGGCAAGGAGGGCAGGAGGCCCAGCAUCGCCCCGGUGCUGGAGGUGGCAGACUCCUCCUCCCUGCCCACCUGUGACCUGCUCAGUGACCAGUCUGAGGAUGAAACCACCCCGUCCGACGAAGUGUCUGCAGGCUUUGAGUAUGCCAAAGGUUAUCCUCCUUACUCUCCUUAUAUUGGAAGUUCUCCCACCUUUUGUCAUCUUCUGCAUGAAAAAGUACCCUUCUGUUGUCUAAGACUAGAUAAGGGAUGCCAGCAUAACUACUAUGAAGAUGCCAAAGCCUAUGGAUUCAAAAAUAAAUUGAUUAUAGUUGCAGCAGAAACUGCUGGAAAUGGCUUGUACAACUUCAUUGUCCCACUCAGAGCUUACUACCGACCAAAGAAAGAACUAAACCCCAUUGUAUUACUGCUGGAUAACCCGCCAGAUAUGCAUUUUCUGGAUGCAAUCUGUUGGUUUCCAAUGGUUUACUACAUGGUGGGCUCUAUCGACAACCUAGAUGACUUACUAAGGUGUGGGGUCACCUUUGCAGCUAAUAUGGUGGUGGUGGACAAGGAAAGCACGAUGAGUGCUGAGGAAGACUACAUGGCAGAUGCCAAGACUAUUGUGAAUGUCCAAACCCUCUUCAGGUUGUUCUCCAGCCUAAGCAUUAUCACAGAGCUAACUCACCCAGCCAACAUGAGAUUCAUGCAGUUCAGAGCCAAAGACUGCUAUUCUCUUGCUCUGUCCAAAUUGGAAAAGAAAGAGCGGGAGAAGGGAUCCAAUCUGGCAUUUAUGUUUCGACUGCCCUUUGCUGCUGGCAGGGUUUUCAGCAUCAGCAUGUUGGACACACUGCUUUAUCAGUCAUUUGUGAAAGAUUAUAUGAUUUCUAUCACAAGACUUCUGCUGGGACUUGACACCACACCAGGAUCUGGGUUUCUUUGUUCUAUGAAAAUCACAGAAGAGGAUCUGUGGAUUAGGACAUAUGCCAGACUGUAUCAGAAGCUUUGUUCCUCCACAGGAGACAUUCCAAUUGGAGUCUACAGGACAGAAUCCCAGAAGCUCACAACAUCUGAGUCACGAGAAAUGGCUUCACAAUCUCAAAUCUCCAUCAGCGUGGAGGAAUGGGAGGACACCAAAGACACCAAAGAGCAGUUCAGCUGCCGCGGGAAUCACCGGAACUCAACAUCCAGCGACCAGUCCGACCACCCGCUGCUGCGGAGGAAGAGCAUGCAGUGGGCACGGCGCCUGAGCAGGAGGGCCCCCAGGCACUCUGCUAAAACUGCUGAGAAGAUCAACCAGCAGAGAAUGAACCUCUACAGGAGGUCAGAAAGGCAGGAGCUCGCUGAACUCGUGAAGAACAGAAUGAAGCACCUGGGCCUUUCUCCAGCAGGAUACGAUGAAAUGAAUGAUCAUCAGAACACCCUUUCCUACAUCCUGAUCAACCCUUCUCCAGAUACAAGAUUAGAGCUGAACGAUAUAGUGUACUUGAUCCGACCUGAUCCAUUGACUUAUGUUCCAAAUGCUGGACCCAGCCGAAAGGACAGCUUCUGCAAUACAGUGGGACAGGACACCAGGGAGGAGACACAACUUUGAUAUGUAACUCACCACAAGAUUCAGAGACAGUUUUAUACACAUGUUGUUUCCACUAACCAUUUUGCAAACCGAGUGGUAUAUUUUAUUCAGAUUUUGGAAACAAAAUGACAGUGGGUAAGUGACCAAAUGCAGAAAUGUGGUGCCUAAGAAACUGAUUUCAGGGAUUGUCAGGUCUGUGGCCUGUUCAGUAUGGAAGUUGAACUUUGUCAGCCUAACAGAAUGAUGACACCUGUUGCUAUUUAGCCCUCAUGAACAAAUGUGAGAUUCCACCACGUUUUGCUUAGAUGCUCCUAAGCAUAUUUAGGUGGCAGCAUGUUAGUGACUGAGCUUCUGGCCAAGGUCAGAUUAUCUGAUGCCCAUAGAGAGACAAUGCCUGAUUUGUAGUAGCAAAUAUGUUAAUACCUAAAGCUGCCAACAAGGCUUUGUGUGUCAAGAAUUCAGUCUUUGAAAUAAGUUUCAGUCUCAGCCUGUCACCCAUUUUUAUUAGCACAGAUUAGUUUCAGUCCUGUUUUAGCCUCCAGGACCUGUGUUUUUGUUCCUUGGAUUUACACAGACCAGGUUGAAUGACACAACCUGGUCACACUGCAGAGCUUGAGAUUGAGACACAUCAAUGACAGAAGAGCCCAGCUGCAGGAAAGUCCCUCUCAUCUCACACAGGCAGCUCUCCCAACACUGGCAGAAAACAGGGAAGUGACUGUGUGAAGCUGCAUACAGUGGUAGCUCAGGGGAAACACAACCCUUUGAACCUUGCUGGGUUUUUCCAGAGAAACCUGAGUAGAUUAUAACACAGAAGUGGGAGCAUUCCUCUAGGGAAUGAUUGCAGCAACAAGCCCUUAACGUUUUCAUGACUAUGCCAGAACUACAGUUUGUCCCUAGCAUUUCAUGCCUAGUCAUCCAGAUUACCCAAAAGUGACACGUUAUUACAUGAAAUUAAGUAUCUCAUUAAUGAUUAAAGACAUUUAUAACCCAUUCCACAAAAUGAAUGUAAUUCCACAUAGUGUGAAAAAGCAUUAUGGAUCUAAAACCUCUGCCUUGGCAUGAGGUAUACAAGAAAACAUCUGCUUGUAUAAGAAGCAACUACAAUUGGUCAAGCUUUCUAGAGAAUUAAGCAUGUCUGUUCAUGAUCUUCCAAGAUUAUUGUCAGAAAUGGGGAAGAACAUACUUGACGUUAUAAACCCCCUUCUGUUGCAAGUGUCCACAUAGAACCAAGUAAUUUUGCAGGUAGUCUAAUAUGGAAAAAAUUAUUAUUCUCUGAACUCCCUUGAUAUCCUAUUUGAAAAAAAAAAAAGGUCAAAACUGUUUAUAUUCUCUUCUAUAUUAAUUGCUAAAAGUACAUUCUAUUUCUGAAACAGAAGCCACAACCAAGUUGCCCAGUAAGCAGCUCCUGGAUGUGAGUGUGUUUAUCAGCAUUAUAAGGAUACUGAAAUCAAGUCACGUUCAUAUUAGGAAUGACAGCAAAUCUGCUUUUACUUCCUGCCUUCCUCUUAAUGAUUCCAAAGUUUAACAAUUCAGUGGUUCUGCUUAGAGUCCAUUAUUGUUCAGUGCUUUUCCACACUUGAGUCAUUCACUAGUUUAUUCACAGAUAAAGUAUUUCAAAUGGGCACUGUGGGAAGCAUAGAAACGAUUGAAACAGCUGCACAGACUGAAGUCUACAUUUUUUCAGAAAGAAAAAGAAACAGUAUAUGAAACAAGAUCUUGUCCAAGAGCUGUCAUAGAAGUUACCCAGAAGAGUUUGAAUGUGCAGUGUGAAUAACUUUUCUAUUUUUAAUACCUUCAGGGAGAAGACUCUAUUCCAGUUGAAUAUUUUUUUAAAAAAUACAAGUUUCUUAAUGUUCAUUCCAAAUAUUAGAAGGAUCUGUUGUUGCAUACUGAAGGCUUCUCUAAUGGAGUCUCAAGGAGGCAGAGAGGCUUCCAGAACCAUGGCUAUCCUCCAGCAGGCAAGCUGGAUACUCUGCUUUCAGCCUGAGUCACAGUUCACAGGAAUUCCUGUGUGUAGAGCACACACCACUGAUUUAAGGACUCUGCUAAAAGGAUCCAUAGCGAGGGCUUGAGUCCUCACAUUUAACAGCCCAUAAAACAGCAGAAACAAGCAGUCAGGUGUGUCCAUUUGCCCACUUAACUCAGCAGAAUUGCUGCUCAGCUAGAUUGGAAUAAUGGCCUCUAAUGUGACCUGGUAUUUCUCCAGGCUUAAUGAAUUUCUAAUUGCUCAUUAGCCCCAGAAGAUUUGCUAAAGCAAACACAAAGACAGCUGGAGGCACUUUGAGUCCCUAAAAUGAAUGCAAGGCAAUCUUUGUGAACCAAACACAGUUCUCUUCAAAAUCUGCUGGAAGACAAGCAAGGUAGUAAAAACUAACAACAGCUUCUGAUGAAGCAGAAGUUCUAGUAACCCAUGAAUAAUGUACCACAAAGUUCAGCUAUUCAGAAUAAUGCUGUCUUUCAUGUUGAAAGCAGAACAGGUUUGCUUCCUCUGGAAUAUCUUCACAGACAGACUGUGGGAUUCUAGUGGGAUUUUGAUCUUCCAAGACCAGCCUAAGCACCACUGCAUUAACCCUGAAUGAGACAGUAUGCACAGUCCCUCAGUGGCCAGGGAGGUGAUUCUGUAAUGGUCAUCCUACAGGCAAUCUUAUGUUCACACACUUCCUUCUCAUCAUGCUUGUCAGAAAUGUAACACAAGCCUAACUGGACUGGAGACCAGACUGAGGAACAGGAGUGUCAAGGCUCAGUGCUGGAGAAGGGAUGAUGAAGUUCUGGAAUGAGCAGGGUCAAAUGACUGUUGAACAGAGGGGUUUGAGCAGGCAACAGUUCACUCAGUAGAGGGAGAAAUGUGAAGCUGUGAAAAAAAGAUUAUUUCUGUGCUAACUGUAUGUAUUUUUCCUCCUGGCUCACUUCUAUCAACAACCCAAAGAUGGCUCUCUUCCCCAGCACUGCCUUAGCACAGCCCAAGCAGUUUGGUACCCAGAGUCACAGGCCCAGAGAGGGAAGUACUAGCUGAUAAUAAUUGCUUCAUUCUCAAGGGAAUCUCCAGCAAAGCCAGACCUAAAUAUGAAAACGUGUUACCUAGUCUGCAAUAAAAAAGUCACAAGAACUCUUUCAAUGGCAUGCAGUGUGUUUCCUUAACUGUUUCACUCCAAUUCCAUUCCACAACACAUGUGAAUUCACAUAUAAAGCAAAAAGCAUAAAGUCCUUGACUUUGUAAAACCUGCAGUGGAAAUGAAUUACUGAAGUUGUGACAUUUUGUCUCAGAAAUUAAAAGAGCAGUUGUUUCCCAGCA